AUGGAGGAUGUCGGUGACCAAUUUGUAAAGAUUUUGUUGAUGAAUUCAUUUUUUCAAGAUGCAGAGAUUGAUGAAUAUGGUGAGAUCAAAAGAUUCAAAAUGCAUGAUUUAAUGCAUGAUCUUGCAGCGAUGGUUGCUGGCAAUGAUUAUUUUUACUUGGACAGUGAAGCAACAGAAGUUAAGGGUAGACCUAUGCACGUGUCAUUGGAAUCCAAUGCCAUUCAUUUGUUGGAAUCAUUAGACCCGAGCAGGCUGCGAACUUUGAUUUUGCCGUAUAACUUUGUAAAGGAGAAAUAUUUGUCAGUUGCAAAGUUCAAAUACUUACGCGUCUUGAAGAUGGGUGGAUUUUGCUUUUUCAAUUUCUCUGAAAAUUUGAAGCAUUUAAGAUACCUUGAAGCAUUUGAACAACCACCAAGUCUUCCCAAAUAUAUGAGCAAUCUUGUUUUCCUGCAAACAUUAAAAUUGAAGAACUGCGAUGAAGAAUCAUUUUCCGAAGUGGUCACAAAAUUAGUGAAUUUGAGAUGGCUUGAGGUUUUUGAUUACGAGUCCUUGAGUGGGAUGGCAGUUGGGUGGGGAAAAUUAUUAUCUUUGUUGCAAUUCUUACCCAUCUUUGUCGUGAGAGAUAGCCAAAAAACAAGAUGUGGCACACUAAAUGAAUUGAAGGACUUAAACCUAAGAGGCAACUUAGAAAUUAAGCAUCUCGAUCGUGUUAGAGACGUGGCUCUGGAAUCACGUGAUGUAAAUUUAAAAGAAAAAAAGUUUCUUCAGUCCUUGACUCUACAUUGGAGUCGUGAUCACUUCCCUAGCCGUGAAGCCAACCGUAACCAUGAAAGAUUCCAAUUAUUAGAAAACCUUCAGCCCCACCGUAAUCUUAAGCGAUUGACGGGGGAGUGGUAUCCAGGCCAGCAUUUCCCAAACUGGCUUUCUCUCCUCACAAAUGUUGUUCACAUCACUCUCCUUGAGUUUCAAAAUUGUCCCUGUCUCCCACCGUUGGAACGUCUCCCGUCACUGAAGUCACUUGAGAUAGAAAGUCUUGAAGAAUUGGAAUACAUAGAUCUUGAUGAAGACGAUUCUGCUGUAACCUUCUUCCCCUCUUUGGAGAGCCUCAAAUUAGAGUUUUGCUCUAAUCUUAGGGGAUGGCGGAGGCGGGGAGAUGAUAUCAAUGAGAAUUCACAUAAUCUCUCCUUACCUCUUUCAUUUCCUCGUCUUUCUCAACUACAUGUCUCUUUCUGUCCAAAGUUGACUUCCAUGCCAACUUUUCCAAAAGUUAAGGAUUUAGAGUGGCGUAGAUCGAGUGCAGAGCUAUUGAUAGCAACCCUAAACUCAACAGUGUUAACAUGUUCAGCUGACUCAUCUUCCUCCGCUGCUCCUCUUUCCAUGCUCAAACAAUUGACGAUUUCUGGUCCUACGGAUUUUCCGAAGGGUUGGAUUCAAAAUCUGACUUCUCUCGAGUCUCUUGAAAUUAUAUGGUCUGAAAAUGAAACACUGGAGGAAUUUGAGACUUGGUUUAAGGACGACACCAACUGCCUUCCUUCUCUGCGACAAAUCAGGAUAUAUUUCUGUCAAAACCUAAAGGCUUCGCCAGAUUGGAUUUGCAACCUCGAUUCAAAAUCUGACUUGAUUCAAAAUCUGACUUCUCUCGUCGCUUCAGCGUAUCAAAAUUCAAAAUCGAAUAUUGCCGAAAGAUCUUUGAGUCGUCUUACCAACUGCAUUGCUGCCCGAAGGAAUGAGUCGUCUUACCAACUUAAAGAUCUUUGA